AUGAAUUCUGAACAGUCGUCUGAGUAUUCGAAUUCACCUUCAUCAUCGUCAAGCGCAGACUCCAUUUCAGACAUAGAAGAAUUGAUCCAGAGUCCCAUAUCUGCACCAGAGUUGUUGUCACAUAAGAAAAGGGCAGGGAGAAAGAUAUUUAAAGAAACUAGACAUCCAAUUUAUAGAGGAGUAAGAUUGAGGAAAAACGAUAAAUGGGUAUGUGAACUUAGAGAACCCAAUAGCAAAUCAAGAAUAUGGCUUGGAGCUCAUUCAACUCCUGAAAUGGCAGCUAGAGCUUAUGAUGUUGCUGCAUUAGCUCUUAGAGGGAAUUUGGCUCCAUUAAAUUUCGAAGAUUCUCUAUGGGUGUUAACUCGGGCUAAGUCAUCGUCCCCUAGAGAUAUUCAAAUUGCUGCUGCCGAAGCCGCUCGUGCUUUUCCACUCCCCACUUAUUCAAAAUCAUCAUCGAUUAGAAAGAAAUCAUCACAAUCUGUCACCUCUAAGGCAUCCAGACCGGUUGAAGUUGCAGAGAUAUUUACCGAUAUAUCUUUUAGGCCGGAUGCAUUUUUCGAUGAAGAAGCAUUGUAUUAUAUGCCAGAAAUAAUUGCCAGCAUGGCUGAAGGGAUGCCACUUGAUCCACCACCACUAGAUUUUCACUAUCUCGACACCGUGGACAGCAAUUUGUGGAGUGCCUAG